AUAUAUAUAUAUAUAUAUCUAAACCAUGUAGACAAAAGAGAGACCAUGCAGAGUCCACAUAGACAGUAACUGAACGGAGAUUCCAAUGACUAAGCUAAGUAAUAGUUAAGCUUGUUCCAGUGUCUUUUAUAAGUUGACAACCUCAUCAUUUCAGCUUUGACUUUUUAGAUUGUUUUAGAUUCACACAAUCUUUUGUGUUAAGAAGUUCUUUCUGGCCUUGGGUACUUAAUUCUUCCUACCAGUCACCUUAUGUAUGCCAUUCACUUUAUUUUCAAAAACAAUCAGCUUUAUUGACACCUCUGAGAAUAAUGAAGUCCUGGAUUAGGAUCCCACACUCAUUUAGGUCAUUUAGCCUGUCAGUGUAGUCUCAGGGUUGCCCUCUUUUGUGCACCUUCUGCGAUGCCUGUGUAGUGUGGUUAUAGAAACUUCAUACAGUUCUUAGAUAUGGGCACACUGAUACAUUAUGCAAUUGAAGAAUAACAUCCCUGAAUUUAUACUGAGCAGUUCUUAAAAAAAAAAAAAAAAACCCGAAUAUUGUAUAUUCCUUUUUAAUCACUUCCAUGCAUUGCCUGUGUGAUGAGAAUUUUACACAAACAUAAACCCUAAAAGUCUUCUUAAAGGCUGCAGCAUCACCUAUCUUGUAUUUGUAAUUCAGGUCCCAUUUGCCCUUGUGAAGCAUGUUUUACUUUUAUACAUUGACAUGCAUUUUCAAGUGUUUGCCCAGUUGUUGAAGAUUGCCCAGGUCUGCUGGCUGUGUUUUUGCUGCACCCUCACUAUCUGCUAUCCCUAGUUAGUGUCAUCCACAAAAUUUUCACAAGUCAACUAAUUAUAUUAAGAGUCAAUGUCAUUAAUAUACAGAACAUUAGAAAAGUAAUGGUCCAAAGACAGAGAAACUCCACAGAUGACCCUGCCCCACAUGCAGUGUGAUUCUGUUACCUGUCCGCUCCUAGUCAUUAACCUGCAACUUAAACGUAAGGUAGGUAUGGUUGAUAGACUUUAUUAUCACAGGAUAAAAUAUUUUUACAGCAGAAAAACAAAUAUACAGUAUAUAUAUUGUUAAACAGAUACAAGAAAAUAACACAACAGACAACGUGUGACAUUUAAUCAGUAUACUCCACCGUAAGAUUUAGGUCAAAUUUAGGUCACAUUAAGAGGAGAAAAGUAAAACUGCCCCCAGAUAUUAACCAGGAUAUUAAUAUGCAUGUGGAAGGAACAGCCGAAGACGGAUGCAGAGUACAUUCCAAAUGGUGGAUGCUAUGCCAGUGCGUGUGUGUGAGACAAGAAGCCUAACCUUUGUCCCCAUAUCUGUCAAUCAGUGGCCAAUUAUUGUGUAAAGUGUCGAUUGUCUACAAAAUAUGUUACUGAAUCACAGGAAGUAAAAAAUGAAAAAAAAUAGGCUAUCAAAGGACUGUGAGUGGAAUUUUGAAGCCCUCUAAAUAAACCGCACAGAAAUUUCAAAUGGCUAGAAGAUGAAUUUGUGUUUAAGUAUUAUAAGGUGGCAAUGCUAUAUCUGCUAUAUUGUGAUGUAUUUUUUGCCACCAUGCAGCCCUGACCUAAUCUCCAUUUUUGUGUCAAAUUCAAGUUGCAUCUCAUUUUUUAUUUUUCUCCUGUCCGGUUGAACUUCUAAGCAGGUGUCUAUUUUGACUUGGCAGUCCUGGCACAAUAUAGUGUUAAAGGUGAUCUGAGCAGUUCCAAUGUCCCUUGGCAAGCUGUUGGCUCUCCUGCAGUUAAAAUGAGCACAAUGAAUGUUCACUUGAAAUACUUUAAUAUUGUAUAGUGUUUAGAUGUCAAGUCAUAACUGUUCUAAACAUGUUCCAUCAUUAUAGGGUAGAAAAUUAAAAAAGCGUUUUACUUAAAGCGUAAAAGUAGGUUACAGUGACAGCUAUUGGAGAAUAUAUCCUUUAGUUUUUAAUUGGAAUAUAUCUCAUUAUAUGAUGACCUGAUAUGCUGUUAUUUUCAUAACCUUUUUUAUCUGAAGAAAACCAUACAUUUUGAUCUGAUAUACACAGGUAGAAAUGAAAUAUCCUACGACUGGUACCUUGUGUGCCAGUUUGCAACAGACAACACAACAGAUGGGAUAUACUGAGAGUCGUGACUUGUAUUUUUUGCUCAGCUGAACACAGGCAUUUAGGUUAAACUAAACUGAGAGCUUUAGGCCUUGCAAAUGUAAUUUACUUUUUGAUGUAUUAUUUACUUUUUUAUUUUUACUAAUGCAGUUUUUUUUUUUUUUCUUCUCCCAUGCUGUUUUAUACCUGCGAUGGUGACUUGUCUUGGGUACUGCUGCUUAUAUGGGUAAAACAUGACUACAGAGACAAGUUCAGUAGGUGAGAAGGAAAGCCAGCAAAAAUCAAAUAAAGAAGAAAAAGGUAACCGUCCCCCACCAGCACAAGACUCUGAAAUCGCAGAAUUGCAAGAAAUCCCAGACGGUGGUGCUAAAGAGGAACCACAGACUCAAGAAAAGCCACCUGCUGAAACCUCUGGUUGUUCCACAGAAGAGCAGCUCAAGCCUCGUAGCAGGUCUUCAGCUGGCCGAGGACUCUCACGACUGUUCUCCUCUUUUCUGAAACGCCGCUCACAGUGUUCUGAAGGAGAAGGAGUAGAUUCUGAGAAAGAGAGCAGUAAGACUAAAGAAAACAAUGAAAUAUUAGUGGACCCUGAAAUCCAGGAGGUGGAAGUUUUGCUGAAAGCUCCCAUUGCUGAUGCAGAACCUGAACUCAGAACUGAGGGAGACCCAGCUCUAGAUCUGCAUUCAUUGAGCAGUGCAGAAACUCAGCCUGCUCAGGAAGACCAGGAUAGUGAAAAAGAGGACGAAGACGAACAGCAGCAGGAAGAAGGUGACUCUGGAGAAGUGGUUCAAGAGGCCCAAGCUAAGGAGAAACAUUCUGAGGAGGCAAAAUCUAUCUCAAGGGCUCCCCGCAAGCUGAGAAGCAUGCACUGCAAAAUCACUUUAUUGGAUGACUCCAACUAUGAGUGUGAAUUGGAUAAACAUGCCAAGGGUCAGGAGCUUUUUGGCAAGGUUUGCGAACACCUCAAUCUCCUAGAAAAAGACUACUUUGGACUGGCACUCUGGGAAACUCCAACACAGAAGACUUGGCUAGACCUUACAAAGGAGAUUAGAAAACAGACUCAAGGAAUUCCAUGUAGUUUCACAUUUAAUGUGAAAUUCUACCCUCCGGAUCCAGCCCAGCUGACAGAGGACAUUACAAGGUAUUAUCUCUGUCUUCAGCUGAGGCAGGACAUUGUCAGUGGAAGGCUGCCAUGUUCUUUUGUUACUUUGGCAUUGCUUGGUUCCUACACAGUGCAAUCUGAGCUGGGCGAGUAUGACCCGGACCUCCAUGGCACAAGCUACGUCACUGAUAUUAAGUUGGCUCCUUCUCAGUCCAAGGAGCUGGAAGAAAAAGUAAUGGAGCUUCAUCGCAAUUACAGAUCAAUGACACCUGCCCAGGCAGAUAUGCAGUUUCUGGAAAAUGCAAAAAAGCUCUCCAUGUAUGGUGUGGAUCUUCAUCAGGCUAAGGAUUUAGAGGGUGUGGAUAUAAUGCUUGGUGUUUGUUCCAGUGGCCUCCUUGUUUAUAAGGACAAGCUGAGGAUUAACCGCUUUCCAUGGCCCAAGGUUCUCAAGAUCUCAUACAAACGCAGUAGUUUCUUCAUUAAGAUUCGUCCUUCUGAGCAAGAACAAUAUGAAAGUACGAUAGGAUUCAAACUUCCAAACUACAGGGCCUCCAAGAAGCUGUGGAAAGUCUGUGUGGAACAUCAUACUUUUUUCAGACUGUCUUCUACUGAAGCCACCACUCCAAGAAGAUUCCUGGCUUUAGGCUCCAAAUUUCGGUAUAGUGGAAGAACACAGGCUCAAUCUCGACAGGCCAGCUCGAUGAUUGACAGGCCAGCACCUCAGUUCCAGAGGACUGCCAGCAAGCGUGCUUCCCGAAGCCUAGAUGGAGUUCGGGGUAACCCCCCAUUGUAUUCUGAAGUCAAAAUGAAGACUGAAGAUGACUGGUUUGAUCUGUUGGAUAUCUCCAUGUCAGAGCCUACCUUUGAGCCAGCCUUGAAAUAUGAAACCAAACCCAAAUUUGUAACAGUCACCGAGAUUCCAGCUAAAGUUUUCAGUGUCUCCAAUGUUAAUAAGAAGACAACAGAAGAUGAUGAUUGGUUUGUACUUCUGGAUCCGUUCUGUCCAGUACCACCUACCAAGGCCCCAGCUUCAGUGGUUGUGACACCUGACAAAAGUGCUCGACCUGUGAGUGCUCCAGUCAUUUCACAUCCGCCUGCUGUUGUAGGCAGCCAUACAGGUCUGGUUGCUGAUACACGGGAUCAGCAUGUCAUUACUGCAGCAGUCAGUCAUGUGCCAGAAGAAGAAAGAAGAGUAGACGUUAAGGCAGAGGCAAAACCAGUGGAAACUUUCCAGAAGGAAGUGGCAAAAGAAGGCAAGAUUGGGAGAGAAUUGAAGGAAACUCCAGCAGUAAUUGCCACAAAUGGUGACAAAUCUCAGAAACCGGUCCCUCCAGAGGCUGAUGAGGAGAUUGUUCGAAUGCGAAAGAAAAGACCUAAGAAAAUUGAGGGUGACACUAUUUAUAUCAGACAUAGCAAUUUAAUGUUGGAGGAUUUGGACAAGACCCAAGAUGAGAUCAUGCGCCACCACGCCAGUAUUAGUGAACUAAAAAGGAACUUCAUGGAGUCUGUUCCAGAACCCAGACCUAGUGAAUGGGACAAAAGGCUGUCAACGCACUCCCCUUUCCGAACCCUUAACAUCAAUGGACAGGUUCUGCCUAAUGCAGAUGUGCCUCCACUGGUGAAAACUCAGACUGUCACGAUUUCUGAUGCUUCAAGCUUUUUGAAGAGUGACAUUACCACAAAGGAUGUGCCUAUUGUACAUACAGAGACCAAGACCAUCACGUAUGAAGCUGCACAGAUCCCUCAGACUGUUGGACAUCGUACAAUAAAGAUGUACUUUAAUCAACAAAUUCCUCAUUUGCCUGAAGACAGCAACACAGACAAAGAUUCUGGUGUCCUUUUGAGUGCACAGACCAUCACCUCAGAAACUGUGAGCACCACUACAACCACACAGAUCACCAAAAUGGUGAAAGGAGGUGUCUCAGAGACAAGAAUUGAAAAACGAAUUGUCAUUACUGGAGAUGCAGAUAUUGACCAUGACCAAGCUCUUGCCCAGGCAAUUAAAGAAGCCAAGGAGCAGCAUCCUGAUAUGUCGGUCACCAAAGUAGUUGUUCACCAAGAGACUGAGAUUGCUGAGGAAUAGAGGCAGCCUGCCAAAACAGUCGGGAGUUUGAAGAAUUGGCCAAUAUCAUUUAAGUGAACAACCACCUUUUGCCAACAAAGCAGCAGCUCUUGCAAUUCGUAAGCAUGUCAUGUUGCAUUCAACACUGCCCUCACUCAUACCAGCAAAUUUUAAAGACAUGGAUCAUGGGACCAGAAAGAGAAGACUACUGAGAAGAUUAAAAGAAGAUAAUGCAUUGCAGAUGUAGGAAGAAAACUGCUGUUUUAUCUCAAGUUUUUUUAACGAAAGUCUGAACAUUUCUAAUUAAUUAUUACUGUGUUUUUUAUACCAGAAAUGGUGUGUUUUUGAACUUUGAACUUCCCAGAUCUUUGCAGGAAAGAAGCUUUAAUUUCAAUUUUUGAUGAAACUUAAGUUAAACAAGAAUUGUGUAUCGUCCCGUUGCCCCCAGCCCCCACCCCGUAUGGUGAUCUCAACAGCAGUCUUUCUCAGUUGAUUUUUGAAUUUCAUUGCUGCAUUUUUACAUCUAAACUAAUCAUUCCAGUGCAUUUGUCAUUUAUUAUUGUUUGUUUUGGACCAACACUGCAGUUUCCACUUUCAACAGUGCCUAUGCUUACUAUUUGAUACCCCAGUUAAGAGUGUGUAGUACUCCUGCCGUUAAAUAUUUGUAUUUGAGGUUUUUAAUUUGAGGAAACAGUAUAUUUUUCAGUCCUAAUUAGGACGUGUUUUAUUUUGAUUUUUGUUUUGUGCAAAUAUAGCCCCUUCUUAUUAUGAAUCAUAGGUGUAACUGUAAAAGUGGGUUGCUUUUCAUUUAUAAAGAAGGACCUUUUAUUCUUGUACAAAAAGGUUAUCUUUGCCUUUUUGAGUGUUUUUUUUUUUUUUGCAAUGGGGACACUUGAUGAAGUAUUUUUUUUAAUUGUUGAGUGUGUUUUAUGCAGAUUUUAUCAGGAAGUGUAAAAGUUUUAAUGUCUUUAAGUGAAUCUCUAAGUGGCAGGUUAUCACUUAUAAUAUUCAGGAGAUGUUUAUACUGUGAAUAUCAAAAAUUUUCUUGCAUUGAUUUUUUUUGAUCUGCUGUGUGCUGCAGGAUUUGUUUUUAAUUUUAUAUAUGUUUAUUUUAUAUGUUUUUAUUUUCUAAAGAGACAGUAUAUCUUUUUGAGUGUUAGUAAAAGUGUUUUACUGAUUGAAAAAUAAUUUUCUUACAGCUAAAUUAAGUUUGUUUUUGUUAUCUGUACAAUGUGAAUGAAGUGAAAAAUUCUUUAGGUUUGUCAAAGAUUCCAUUUUCCACCCGCAGUGUUUAAAGAAAAAUGGGGAUUAAUCCUUUAUGACUGAUUAUUUUACUUUUUCUUUUUUGUAACCACAAUUUUUUUUUUUUUUUUAAAUUGUUUCUUGUUGAAUACACAUAUGUAGCUCUAUGUGUUUUAGUUGAUUGUUCAGGCAUUUGAGCAGUAUACCAUUUUUAUUUUAUUAUUUUUAUUUUUUUUGCAGUGUGAUAUAUAGAUUUAAACCACUG